AUGCUUUUAGAUUUGCAAUUAAAAUAGCAAUAAGAAGAUAUUCAAAAUAAAGUAUUUGAUUUUGAUUAGGAGGACACUUUUAGUAAAAGUGGUGACCAAGAACAAUGGCUAUAUGAUUCUGAGUAUAAGCUAGAUGAUGAAUAAACAAAGAAGCAUAGGCUACAGCAAGCAUAAAUAAUAGAUAACAUGCCUUUUUACAAGAACUUCCUUACUUGCACAAUUUGCUAGGGCUUUCAAGCUCAAGUUUAAACUUUCCUUACUGACAUAGAAAAUUUAAAAGCAUUUCGAGGAGCAGCUGGUUUGUACUGCUAAUAUUUCCUAGGCUAUUCAAAUGAGACGUGCUCAUUUGCUACAGGCAUUAUCAUAAGGGAAUUGAAUGCAGGUAUUUUCCAAUUAGUACUUUCGAGGGAAUAUCUGUGUUCAAGGGUAGUGCCUGUUUGCACUACUCCAUACUAUUCAUAAUAUUUGGCACAAGAUUACGCAACCAGAAUACUUCAGUCAAAACCAACCUCAAUAUAAUCUGAUACCUUUAUUAACUCACUCUACUCAAGUAUUCAAGGGUAGAAUGGAAGAGCAACUUAUAAUAUCCUUCAUCUGACUGAUGCACAUAUUGAUAGGAUGUAUGUGGCUGGAACAAAAGCAAAUUGUGGAAAUAUCUUAUGCUGUAGACAAAUUUAUGGCACUAGUGGAGAACAAGCAAAUGCUAGAGGCGAUUACAGAUGUGACACACCCUCCUAAACAUUUAAUGACUUGCUUUCUCGAAUUGCUGCUCAAGUAACACCAGACAUUAUAUUCGUAACUGGGGGUAUGAUGGCGAGAGAUUUAAACACCACAGAAGAUCAAGUAAUUUCUAAUUACAGUCUUGCUCUAGAUUAGAUCAGAGCAAGAUUCGGUUCUGCACAAAUAUACUCUGCUUUUGGUACAGAUGAAUUUCUUCCGAAUUAAACACAGUUCUUCGCAUUUAGAUCCACAAGAAGAUAAGUCUAACUAGCCAACAUUCUUACUGCGCCAAGAACAUCAACUAAUGCUACUGCAGUCUCAGAAGCAUAGGGCUAUGGAUACUACUCAGUUUAUAACCUGAAUACAGGAUCUCGAACCUCUACUCUAUCAAAAGUAAUGCUUAUCGUUCUAAAUACCUAAGUUUGCUAUACAUAUAACUCUGGAUUACUAAGAGAAUAAAAUGAUCCUGCUGGAAUGCUAAGUUGGCUAGAAGGUAGACUAAGAGCAGCUGAAGCGAAUUAAUGGUUGGCCUUUAUUAUUGGGCAAAUCCCUCCUGGAAAUCCCAAUUGCAAUAGAUAGUAUUCAAUCAGAUACAAUGUGCUGAUGGAAAGGUUCUAGCACAUUGUAAGACUCCAAGCAUAUGGCUAUGAAGGCACAGAUUCCUUCAAGAUUCUAAGAUCCACUACUAGUCAAAAACCUAUUGGUAUUGUUCAAAUAGGAGGACAAAUUGGUACAAAGGAGUUUAACCCUUCAGCAAGGUUAUAUACAAUGGAUGCUGCUCUGCAUAUUCCUACUAAGAUUGAUAUUUACAAUUUUAACCUUGAUAACGCAAUUCAAACUAACACUUGGAACUUUAACACAGUGACCUACCCAGCUAAUUACGGGAUGUAAAAUCUAAGUCCCUCAGAAUACAACUGGCUAGCCAAUUAGAUAUUAAUCAGUGAGUCGAGAUCUAAGACUUUAUACAAUUCAAUGAGAAAGUACUGGAGUCAAGAUAUUGAUUGUGUUGAUACAUGCUAGCUUGAGUUAUACUGCUAAAUUUAUUACGCUCACAAUGAGGACACAAUGCAGUGUAGAGAUAAAUCUUUUGAUCUUCAAUACGGUCUUCCUUAUGUACUAAGUUUUUUAAGUAAUCCUUGGGUGCAAAGAACUUGA